GCAUUUAAAGGGAGACAACACAGUUUUUCGACUGUCAAACUUGUCAAUUGUAUUAUUUGCCUGUUUAUGAAGUAGGAGCAACAAUGAGUUGUGUGGGGUGUUGUAAGGCUAUAAAGCCUCGCUACAAGAGGCUUGUGGAUGACAUCUUCCCAGUUAAUCCUCAGGAUGGUCUUGUUAAGAACAACAUGGACAAGUUGACAUUUUACGCGCUGUCAUCUCCAGAGAAACUUGAUCGUAUUGGCGAGUAUCUGGCUUCAAAGCUGAGUCGAGAUGUGGCAAGAAAGAGAUACACGCUGGUUAAGAUUGCCAUGGAUGCGCUGGAUCAGCUACUGGUGUCCUGCCAUGACUACAGCCUCAACCUGUUUGUGGAGAGCUUUCUCAAGAUGGUCCAGAAACUGCUGGAGUGUGAUGAGCUGGAACUGCAGGUCCUGGCUACAGCCUCGUUUGUCAAGUUUGCCAAUAUUGAGGAGGACACUCCAUCAUACCAUCGUCGCUAUGACUUCUUUGUGUCCAAGUUCAGUGUCAUGUGUCAUGGUGGCACCAACAAUGACAAGCAGAGAUCUAGGAUUCGCCUCUCAGGUGUGAAGGGUCUGCAAGGGGUUGUUAGGAAGACGGUGUCUGACGAGCUGCAGGUGAACAUCUGGGACCCCAUACACAUGGACAAGAUUGUACCUUCAUUACUCUACAACAUGCACGAUCCUGGGUUUGUACCCGUGGAUAUAGAGAGCACCAAGGAUGAUGAGCACCCAGCCCAGGUUGCUGAGACCGUCCUACGGGACCUCAUAUGUCGAGCCUCCUACGGGAAUCUCAAACCUGUCCUGAGGCCCAUACUUGUACACAUGGACAACCACAAGCUUUGGACCCCACCCACCUUUGUAGUGAAGUGUUUUAAAAUAGUCAUGUACUCUGUGCAGCAACAAUAUGCUUAUGUGGUUAUCCAAGCCCUGAUGUCGCAUCUAGACACCCAUCAGAAAUCUGCCCCCGACAUUAAGGCUGCCAUAGUAGAUGUGUUGUUUGAGGCAGUCAUAAUAGCAGCUGGGGCUUCUGUUGGACCAUCUGUUCUGGAUGUAUUCAAUACCUUGGUGAAACAUCUGCGUAUUUCAUUGGACAACAAAAGUUCUGAUGAGACUAUACGAGCCCAGGAAAAGAAAUUUGAAGAAUCUCUUAUUAACACUAUAGGUCAGUUUGCCAACAACCUGCCUGACUAUCAGAAGAUUGAGAUUAUGAUGUUUGUUAUGGCCAAGUUUCCACAGUUUACAGCAGAGGAAUCAUAUGGCUUACAGAUGGAUGUACAACUUCAGACUAUGCUGUUGAAGACAUUAUUAAAGGUUGCCACUAAAUACAAGACAGUGAACAUGGCCAACGCAUUCCCACAAGAGUUCUUGCAGCCCUUGCUGCGCAUGUCUCUGUUUGAGGAGCCUGGCAUGCGCAUCAUCGUUCAGGAGAUAUUGCACACUCUCAUUGACCGCCACGAGAACUCAGAGAAACUGAGACAUGUCCAAGUGAUUCGAGAUGUUGCAAAGAUGGGAAUAAAGCUUGAGAAAGUAUCCAGACCUGACUCUUUGUUCAUGAAAAAGCAUGGUUCCCAGUUCUACUGGUACCUGUGUGAGAACAUGCGUCUGGAGAGUAACAAAGUGGACAACUUUGAAGCCCUGUACCGCACCAUGGCCUUGAUCACCGUGGAGACGGGCAGCAGAGACAUUGUGUCUGACCUCAUACGACUGGCACUCGAUAUGCAGGAAAUUGCAUCAGACAAUUGCCCACAAUCUAAAAGUCCUGGAGCUUCUGAUAAAGAAGGGAAUAUCUCAAUGAACGACCUCAGUCUGCCGUUGACCCACAAGUGUGCCAUACACGCGCUGGUUGGAGCCUUGCUGUGCCUGGUGGCACAGAUCUGUGAGCUACCGGAGCUGUUACAGUACACACUGGAGAUUUUAGAAUGCAGAAAAACAGAAGCACCACACAUGCUGCCAGAAUUUGCUUUCAACCGAAAGAACAGGCCAAAUAGUGCUUCAGAAUUACAUGUGACAAUCCUCACGGACUUUAACCACAAGCUCUACCCCGAGGUGGAGACACUGCGAGACAGCUGGGUGUUCCAGCAGGAGGCCAUCUCCAGCAUCCUUAUGUCUGCUGAGGUAGAUGUGUCACGUCUCUCCACGUCCUUCAUACAGAAACCAUUGGGGGUCUCAGAGGUUGAUGGCAAUAGGAGCAUGAGUGACGUCAACUCCAUCGUGAUGGACUUUGAAUCUCCAGAGGCCUCUCCAAUGCAGGGCCGGAGACGUGAAACAGAAGAAAUCACGGUGGAAUCAUUAAAGAAGAUGCUAGCUGAGGAUCCCAAGGUGCGGAGGGAGGAGGAGGAGAGGAAGAGACUGGAGAUUGUCAACACCUUCCGCAAUGACCCCUUUGAGGAGAUAGUUGCACGAGCAGAGGCAAAGUCAAAUCAUUUCCACAACAAACUGAAUGAGAUUCUGUCGAUGGUGUCAAGGGGUUCUGACAGUCCGGCGAUGCUUAGAGGUGCCUCAAAACAACCUCCCACCAUACUGGACAUACAGUUCCCAGACCUCUAUGUGUACUAAACUCACAUACAGUUCUUGGAGACCCUUAUGUCUGCUAGGCUUAAGUAAAUUGUUGGUUUUAUAGAAUUUUAAGCAACACCAUUUUAUUUGUCUUAUGUUGCAGCUUGAAUUAAAUGCGUGUUUUGAGUAAUUAGCCAAACUUUAUUUUGAGCCACGUGAGUUCAAGGCAAUCAGGUUUUUACUGUAUGACUCUGAGUAUUGAAUGUUUGUCGAGCAUCAAUA